UUAUAUAAAAUGAGAGGAGAAAAAUUUGCAAGAAGAGAAAAAAUACAAGUUCAAUCGACGAUAUCAAGACCAAUCAGAAAACGCCACAUGAGACACGAUAGAUUGAGGAGGGACGUAUUUCGUUAAAUGGGUUGAGAGUUGUCCCAUUUAUUCAGUAAAGAAAUUGCUUUCCUUACGGAAGAAUGUACCUUCUUCAGACUUUGUAAAAAUUAUUAUUCUAUGAACUGUAACUUUUCUACAAUUCGUAGUUUACACAUUCUUCAGAAAAAUAAACGUCCAAAGGUAUAUAAGCUUUUUCAUGAAUCAGACAAAGAUUUAAUAAUUUCUACUUGAUCUUGGAAAAAAUCUAAUAAUGAGCAACAAAGUGAAUCUACAUGAUAUAAGUGCAAAACUUACUGAAGAGACAUUAGAAAGUAUACUUGCAGCAGAAUGUAAUGAAACUGAUGUAAAACUAACGGAUUGGGAUUUUGGUGAUGCAAGUGCCAAAGGUGAUAGCUAUUUAACGGUUGUUAACAAAGUUAAACUGAAUGGCCUUGCUAAUGGUAAACCUGUACAAAUUGAUAUUGUGAUAAAAUCACUACCUCAAAAUUUAGGUAGAAGAAAAACUUAUAGAAGUAUAAUUUUCUUUAGAAACGAGGUGGCAUUUUAUACUAAGAUAAUACCAAAGUUUGAACAGUUUCUCAAAAGCAAAAAUCAAGCUAAUAUUCUAUGUGUUCCGCGUCAUUUGAAAUCUCUUGUUGACGGUGAAAAUGACUAUUUAAUUUUGGAAAAUGUUUGCAACUUAGGAUAUGGUCCUAUAACUCGUCAAAACUGUGUAGAUAUGGAACAGUGUACUGUUAUUCUGGAAGCUUUUGCUACUUUCCAUGCAAUUUCUUUUGCUUACAAAGAUCAGAAUAAAGAAGAAUUUGAUGAGAUGGUAACACAUUUAGAGGAAACAUAUUUUAGUCCUAAAUAUUGGGAUUGGUAUGAAAGAUUUCAUAAACGAUUAGUAGGAAUAGCAACACAUGCAUUAGCUACUGAAUAUCCUAACAGCGAAGCACUAAAACGUUUUACUUCUUACAAAUUGGGUUCACUUGUUAAAAUGUGUUAUAAAAUAUGUGAUUCUCCAAAUACCCCAACAUCAGUUGUAAAUCAAGGAGAUUCUUGGGCUCCAAAUGUUUUAGUGCGCGAUGUCAAGGGAGAUAAAAAGGAAGCACUCUUGCUUGAUUUUCAAUUGGCACGUUGUGUUAGUCCAAUUCUUGAUUUAGCAUUCUUUAUUUAUUCUUGUACAGACAAAGCUCUCAGAGAACGAUUUAACGAAAUGUUGAAAAUUUAUCACAAUAAAUUAACUAGUGUAAUUAAUUCACUUGGCUCAAAUGCAGAAAAAUUGUAUUCAUGGGAGACAUUUAUGAAGGAAGUAAAAGAAAAUUUUUUCUAUGGAGUAGUUUUUGUACUAGAAGCUAUGCCAUUUACUAUGUUAGAUAACUCACAAGCAUUUGACUUGGAUACAAUAAUAAAAGGAGAUGAAGAAGUGAAUAUAGAUGAUGUAUGGAUAAUAGGCAAUUUAGAAACACAGUGGAAAAGAUUACGUUUAGCAGAUGUAAUUGUUCACGCCGUAGAAAAUGGGUUUUUAUGAAAUUUGAAUAUAUAUAAAUUGUACAAUUUUAUACAUAAUUUUUAUUAAAUGUUUAGCAUUAAAUAAAAUAGAGAUAAUCUGUAUUUGUUUAAUUUUAAUUAUAACAACAUAGUUUACUUUGUGUAGUAGUAGAUUAGGCAACCCGAUAUUUUUUAUUAAUACACGAACAGUGGGUGCCACAAAUUUGAUAGUAUUAUAUAUAUAUAUUUGCAUUGCAAAGAUAAAGAACAUUUUGUCGAUAAUGAUACAAUUAAUGCAAUAUAGCAAUGUAGCCAAUACGCACGAAUAUAUUGUGUUUUUGAUAGCAAUAUCACGAUGCUGUUAAAUAAAGAGAUAACUAUGAA